GUAUUAAAGGUUUUAAUUGUAUGACAAUUAAUAAUAAUAUUUAUUAAGGUAUCGAUUUAAACCGAUUGCUACUAGUUAGUUGCAAUCAUAGUACAACGGCGAUCAGCUGUGUUUUGUUAUGCGAGUUUUCAGAAUUCUUAUAUGAAUUUAUCAUAACAAAUACAUAAAUAUUUACAAUGGAAGUGUUAAAUGAAAGUGAUCAUAAAACUGUACCUAAGCGGGGUAUGUCAACAGGUGGCAAAGUUCUGAUUGGAGUUACUGGCGGCGUGGGCCUUGGACUAUCUAUUGUUUGUGCUUCGUUUGUGGCUCCGGCAUUUCGCAAAUUCUGUCUUCCAUAUGUGCCGGCAACAACAGAACAAAUACAAAACGUGCUCAAUUUCCUCCCCAAAAAUGCCACCGGUAAACUACUUGAUAUUGGAUCGGGAGACGGACGCAUUGUUGUCGCGGCGGCUCAGCAUGUGAAAGCCCUGAAAACUGAUGGAGUUGAACUCAAUCCCUGGCUGGUCUACUACUCCAGGCUAGCUGCACUACGCUACGGCGUUGGCAAGCAAUCCCGUUUUUUUCGCCGCGAUCUCUGGAAAUUUAAUAUUAAGGAGUACAACUAUGUGGUUAUCUUUGGUGUUGAGCAAAUGAUGCAGGAUCUGGAGCACAAAUUGAUUGCCGAGUGUCCACACAAUGCCAAGAUUAUUGCCUGUCGUUUCCCAUUGCCGCAGCUGGAGCCGCAACGCAUCAUCGAGGAUGGCGUCAAUACCGUAUGGUUCUAUGAUCUAAGCAAACAAUCCCGUCCAGAGAACAAUAAUAGUUGAUAAUGUUAUUUCAUAUUUAGUCAUGUUUUAUUGCUUAUGGCGCAAAGAGAAACUAAAUAGUACGUUCAUUACUUAAGUUUAAAAUGCUAGAGAAUCGACAGUCGGCAUACGCAUUCAUGGGUACGCAGGACUGUUUGGUCAAUACUACGCGUUAUACAAAAAUAGGAGGAGAUACACGAUAAUACAAUAAAUGGAUGUUACCAAUGAGAGACACCUAAUUAUUAGUAAUGCACAUACAAAAACAUUCACACAUACAGUCAGUAGAUUAAGUAUGUCGAACCGAUUAAAUAAUAAGGAAACCAUGUAGAUCAAGAUUAAAAUCAAAAUCAAGAUAAGCAGCAUAGGCAGUGAUAAAUUGGUGACCGUUUACCGUCUGGUUGAGAAGCUCUUCGAGUUUUGCUUAAAGAAUCAAGCAGCACUUUCUGAGCACAACAAUGCAUAAUCUUAGUCCCGACUGCUAAAAGCGUCGUCCCAAAUAAAUGCACUUACUGCUCUCGUUCCGAUAAAUCUCAAUAAAGCCAA